GAUAGAGCGAUCUUGAAGCGCCGCACGAAGAACAUCGCCAUCAACGGUUAGCGAAUCUCUCUUGAGCUUAUCGAUCGCACUCUGCAUUCCUCGUUCCAAGCAGCACCUCUCAAAGCCUGUCGUUGCCAUGCUUAACGUGCCUCGUCGAGUCACUCGUGCAGCUAAUGCAGUCGCUGCAGCCUCAGCUCGUCUCUCCAUGACCGCUGAGUCGACCAAGGCGUUGUGGGACGGACUGUCCAAAAAGAUCGCACAGAUCUCCGAGCCCGAGCCACUCAAGCCCGCAACGGAGCGCACCCCAUUGCUGCUCUUUGACGCCACAGUGGUGCCCAGCAACAGCGUCGAAGACGAGGAGUCCACCUUGAGAGGGUGCACCAAACCUUCUCCGAUACGACACAGCAGCGAGUGUCAAGCGCUGCUGCGUCUGGCCUUCCAGAUGUUGCUGUUUGCCAUCGUGGAUUUCGCUCCCAAUUUCCUCAGUGGCGUUCUCACGGGCCACCUCAGCGCUUCACACAGUAGCGAGUUCAUGGCGGCGCGUAGUCUGGCUCUCAUCUUCAACAUGGUGACCAGCACGACACUGAUCGCAGCUAUGAGCGCUGCGAUGGACACCCUCUGUGCUCAGGCCUAUGGCGCCGGUCAAUUACGAGAGCUGGGGCUAUUCUUUCAGACAGGUUUGCUCGUCUUUUGCAUCGGAUUCCCACCCGUAGCCCUUGCCAGUUUCUAUUGCGUUGAGCUACUGGAGUUGGCAGGUCAACAACGUGAACUUGCGCAACUGGUCCGCAGCUUAGUGUUGUUAGCACUGCCUGGCGUGCCCUUCGCAGCUAUCAACACGCUGAUGUGCAAGAUCCUACAAGGUCAGAGUCGCGUGGAGCCGCUCGUGGGUGUCGGUCUCAUGGCGAGUGUCGUUCAAGCUACUCUGCUCUACGUCUUCAUGUUCCAGACACCGCUGGGAUUCACUGGAUCCGCAUUAGCCAUUUCAGUCACUUUGGCUUGUUACGCAAUUGUACUGGCAACGUAUCUGUACCGCAGCGGUCUGUACCAACGUGAGUGGCCAGGUUGGCAAUUCUCUGAGGCGGUUCGGCUAAUGCCCGAGUUCCUGCGCUUGGGUGUGUCUGGGAUGGCUAUGUUCGUGUGUGAAGUAUGGGGUUAUGCUGCAGUGGGGCUCAGCUCGGGGAUGCUGCCCCAUGCAGCAGCCGUCGUGAGUGCAGACUCAAGCUAUGCCAAUUUACGAUGGCUCGGUGCACUCUGGUACGCUGCUAUCUCGCUCGCAGGCUCUGUGAGGGUCGGCAAUGCACUUGGAGCGAACGAUCCGGCACGUGCUUGGCACACCGCGAAACUGGCUUUGGGUCUGAGCACAGCCUGCGCUCUUAUUGCGUCGGUAGCCAUGUUGUUGCUGCAUGGCGUGUUACCAUUUGCAUUUACAAGUGACGAGCGGGUGGUGUCCAUUACGUCGAAAUUGUUGCUUGUAACCAGUCCGCUUCAGGUUUUCGCAGCCAUCUCGUCCGUUUCCCAAGGCAUUUUCCGUGGCUGUGGCUUGCAGACACUUGGCGCGAAGGUUAACUUCGUCUGCUACAUUCUGCUGGCUGUACCGCUGGGUUUGCUGUUGGCAUUUCCUCUUGAAAUGGGACUGCUAGGACUUUGGCUUGGCCUCAAUGCCGGUUUCAUCGCAAGUGGACUCUUUAGCACGUACUGGUUGGCAUUCCGAGCUGACUGGGCGAUGCUGGCGCAUCAGGCGCUGGAACGAACGACAUGUGGAGCCCCAGGAAGUGAAGAGACGCUGAGCGAAGCCUGCUACGAUGAGAUCAGAGACGCCACACACCCACCUGAACCCAUGCAUGAGCCCACCGAGUACGCUGAUGACAUUCGACCAUCGACGAGUAUAAAAUGAACGACAAAACACUCCCGCUAAAACUAAAAAUCACCAGAAUUAUCUUCGAUGUACUGAAGUACGUUACAAAUUAAACCUGAAGUUCUUUUAAAAAAAAUCACCUUGGAUGCCCGUUGAGAGUCUCAAUGAGGCCCCCUACGCAGCGACGGCAACUGCAUGAUGAGUGCCGUGCUUCGCGUCGUGAGCCAUUUUCUCCCAACUCGUGGCACGCAACCACAACACCCCAGCCACAGCAAAGAUGACGAUUCCCGCCAUGUUGCCUGCCCAGAGACCCGCAAUACCCGAGUCAAACCGAAUCGCGAACACCAAUCCAAGCGGCACACCCAGCACAAACAAACACACAAAAUUAAGCUGCGCACAGAGCAACUGCUUUCCACAAGCACGGAACACGGACUGCAUCCCGAAGGCAAAACCCAGGAGAG